AUUAGAACGAGCGGUUCGUAGUCGUUUAAACUAAACUGGAUCGAUCGUUACAGUUCUACGUCGAAUUUCAAACUCAACGCGGUUGUGCGACAGUCGAAAGCAUUAAGAGAACAAUAAAGAGCAACAAAAGCAAAAAGCUCUGGGAAUGAACCAUCAAUAAACAUUGUAUUGAGGCUUGUUUGCAACCCUAAUAGUACCAAUAUAACGAGCGGCAGUGAGCGUGCAGAGCGACAAAAAGAGGCGGCAAACGAAAUGAGCGGCACAGAGCCAGCUGCUGUAAAUGAAAGACGCGCCAGCGGUUCCGCUAGCAAUGGAAGCGAUGCUAGUUCCGAAGCACAGCACCCGCUCGAAAGCCGACCGAGGAGUCGCGGGAGACGUAUAUUUGGCGCCAUAUCCGUCGAACCGACAAUGUUUCUGUACAUGUUCGCCUUUAUGUUCACCUCUGUGGUGGAGCAGAACUUCAUUGUGUACAAGGCCUGCCGCGUCAAUAACAAUUUUAGUGAGGAGGUCUGCACAAAUAUCAACAAGCCCGAGAACAAGGAGUACCAGGAGAGGGUGUUUAAGACCACAGCCAUAUACCACCAAUGGGAGAACAUUUCGGCACAUAUUUUCCCCAUUGUCUUAGCACUCUUUUUGGGCUCGUUUUCGGAUAGGCGUGGUCGAAAAUUUCCAUUGCUUAUGGGCCUUGUGGGAAAAUGCAUUUACUCCACCAUGGUUGUGGUUAAUGCCAACCAGUCUACGUGGCCAGCGGAAUACAUUAUCUAUACGGCUACACUGCCAUCGGCGUUAACGGGUGCGGAUGUGGCAAUAUUUGCCUCCUGCUUUGCCUACAUCUCAGACAUAACGACUGUGGAGCAGCGAACCAUAAGAGUGACAAUUCUGGACGCAGUCUACCUUAGUGCCAUGCCCACGGGUGUUGCUCUGGGUUCGUAUAUGUUUGAGCAUGUUUUCAACCGUUCUUACGGGCACAUGUUCACGGUAAAUGCGAGUCUGUUGGCUCUGGCCAUAAUUUACACCCUCUUUGCAUUAAAGUGGCAAACAACGCCUAGGCAGCGAUCAUUGCGUGAACUUGGCUGUUGCGGCAUCUGGUCAGACUUCUUCGAUAAGCAGCAUGUGAAGGAUUCCUUUGGCGUUUUGCUAAAGCCCCGGCAAGGUCAUCGUCGCAUCUUCAUCACCAUUUUACUCUUCAGCAUGGCACUCUAUACUUUCCAGCGGGACGAGGGCAGUUACCUCUAUCUGUACACAGUCUCUAAGUUUCAGUGGGAGGUAAGGGAAUACAGCACAUUCAAAACUUUCAAGUCGGCCGCAUAUGUAAUUGCCAUGUUGUUGGCGGUGCCAUUGAUGAACAAACUAUUGGGCUGGCGUGACACGACUAUUAUCUUUGUUGGUGCCUGGGCUCACUCCAUUGCGCGAGUAUUCUUCUAUUUUGCUGCAACGCCAAAGCUGCUCUAUGCAGGCGCCGUGGUCUGUAGCUUGGGUCCCAUUGUAGGGCCCAUGAUACGCGCCAUGACCUCAAAGAUUGUGCCACAAUCAGAGCGGGGCAAGGUCUUUGCUCUGCUCUCCGUCUUUGACAAUGCAGUGCCCUUUAUAAGUGGUGUUUGUUACUCGCAGAUUUAUCGAGCUACAUUGGACCACAAUCAUGGUGGUGAUGUAUUUAUGCUGACUAUAGCCACUCAGAUGACGGUAUUUGUCCUGAUACUCUGCAUACAUAUUGUUCUGGGCAAGAAUUCGCUGACCGUGCCUGAGGUGACGGAGAAGGAGAGCGGUUUGAUUACUAAUGAAGCGCCUACCUUGGUAGGUCCAAUUGAAGCAAAGAAUUCCGAGAACACCAACGACAAUACCUAGCAGAUCCACAAUAACUUUCACACAUUUAUUGUGCAAAAAACCACAUCUCUAAACCACUACUGUUUACAAUUGUGCAUUCCUUUAUUACGUACUUUUGAAUUUAGGCAAGUAGUUUUAAAUAAAAAAUACAUCUCGAUUUGUAGAGUACCAGGUAA